UUCUUCAUAUUAUUACUACUAUUAUUCUAUUAUUAUUACUAUUUACUGCUGUUUACUGCUGAUAUUUCAAUUCAAGUUAUGAUUAUUCUUACCCUUCUUAUUUAUUUAUGACUCCCAUACUUUAUCUUUUUUAUUUUAUUUUAUUUUAUUUUAUAUUACUCUUUACUUUAUUUUAUUUUAUUUUACUUUAUUCUAUUCUAUUCUAUUCUGGUCUUCUGUCUUUGUAUAGUCUCACCCCUGGCGUAUUCAUAUACUUGCUAAUAAUAUAUGUCUAAAAUUGUUCCCCGGAUAUGUCGCACAUUUCCCAUUUGUUUUCCAUUCCUAU